GUUCACGCAAUGGGUCUGCACAUAUCAAUGUCCGCACCACACACAGUGACAGAAAGCUGCCAAGAGAGAGAGAGAGAGAGGGAGGCAGGCCAGACACUCACAAAUAGCGUCAUCAGUGACCUAGUCAGCGGCGAGCACCCCAAAGUGACAAAUGAAUACCCUCCUAUCUCUCCGCCCACCCCGUCGUACGACUGUCUGUCUGUGUGUGGGCACCGCAGCCGCACAUCGGCACCCGCCCUCCACGGCAGCAGCAUAUCCACACACAUCACCACUGCAGUAAGGGGCGUGCGGCAUCCAUCAACCAAGCCACACAAGGCCGCCCAACUCGUGCCAUGACACCAUGCACAAAAACGCCAAGGCAGAACGCCACAAGACAAGAAAAGACAAGACAAGACAAGACAAGACAAGACAGGACAGAACCGCAGCGAGUUAUGUGUGAGUAUAUAUAAUGAUUUUGUACAAGUAAGUAUAUCGGAUGUCACCGCAGUGAUACAGACAGACAGACAGACAGACAGACGGCCUAGCUAUUAUGCACAUACAGGUAUGUAUGCUGGUGUGUGUGUCUGUAGAGAGGGUGCCCCUCGCCCCGUCCAUGAGCCCACCGGCCCAUCAUCCCCGGCUGUUCAAUGUGCGUGUGUGUUCCAUGUGGAUGAGUCGGAUCUCGACGUACCGCUUGGUCUUGCCCAGCCGAUGCACACUCGGAGGCACUAUCAUCCUGCACACAGCAGCACACACACAAUACAUACAUCAACACGCACCACCAACCUUAGCCACCCACCGACCUGCGUAUCUCUCCGACCCGCAUGCUGAGGACGGCCUCCCGCUCCCAGGGGAAAUACAGGUCACUCACCACCACAGACCAGCCCUACACAUAAUUGGUUGAUAGCCACACACACACACAGACGCACACACCCAUAAGUGAUGCCAUACUCAAUCCUCGCCCAUCUGUGUGUGUGCGGACAUGCCUUCUUGUGGACCAUCUUGUUGCCCUCGAAGUAGUCGUACCUGCACACACAGACAGAGACCACACACGUACGUCUACCCAACAUGGGCACACACACGCACGAGCUGACCAGACGGUGUAGUCGAUCUUGACGGUUUGGUUGAGGUAGAGAGGGAAGGUCCCCUUGCCCAUUUGCACUAUCUGGAAGCGCACACCCAACACAGAUGUCUGCGGCUGAGCGAUGAAGGCCAAAUCGUUCUGGUGAGCCGAGGGCAGCUCGUCGGGGAUCGACGCCGAUAGGCUUGUGGGUGUGCUGGCGCUGCUGCUGCUGCUGGCGCUGGGCACACCCACAUUGCUGAAUCAGACAGACAGACAGACAGACAGACAGAUCCUCACAACACAUGGAUGGCUGCAUGCGGUGUGUUUGUGGGCACUUCUUGUGCACUGUGUUGUUGGCGAUCUCAAUGCCGUCGGGGCACAUUAUCUGCUUGACAUGCUCCUGCCGAAUGUGCCGCCGCUGCCCGGCGGCCACGUAGUAGAAACCGCCGUGUGCGUCAACGAAGGCCUCACGGCCGAAGAACAGACCCACAAACGCCUCUUUGUCUUCCAUCGCCUUCGCAAGACCAUUCCACCACACACACAGCGCACUCCGUGAUGCUAUGAAUGGUGCAUCCUGGGAUGAGCUCUUUUCGUCGUUUUCUCACUUGAGGCGGUGUUGUGGGUCUUCUGUCGUCAAAUAACAGCACAGAUCUUCGUAAAGGCCAGAUCUGCGAGCUCAGGAGAGCUGGCAU